CUCAGACUCGAGAGAGACGGAGAGUAGGAGAGGUUGGAGAGGGGCAGGAUGGAGAGCAAGGACAAUGUCAUCUCUGAGGGUGAGCAGGUUGUGCUGUGGUCGAACAAGGGCUUCUAUAUGAUCAAGAAGGCCUCUGCCUCCACCAGUCUGCGGAUGGGGAAGAAGAAGAAUGGGGCAACUCUGGCGGGUCUGGUCGGCGAGCCGUACGGGAGCAUGUUCCAUCUGGUGGGCUCGGAGAUGGUGCGGAUGAGCUCAGUGGCUACGGAUACAGAGCUGACAGAGAUCAGUGCGCCGGAGGAUGGGGUUAUCGGUGACAAUCGCCACAUCAAGCUCAAGGAGGAGCAGACCAUGUCGGCAGAGGCCAUCCAGGCCAUGCGCGAGGAGGGCAAGCCGGUGGAGGAGAUCAUCGGUCAGCUCGUCGAGUCGCACGCCGCCUACGACUCCAAGACCGCUUUCUCCCAGGCAAAGUACAUUGUCAAGAAGAAGCAAAAGUACGAGUACGUCCUCACCGCGUACAAGGCCACCGCCGCACGCGUCGCCGACGCCCUCUUUGAUCGCUCGCCGCGCAAGCUCUGCUUCCUCCGCCCGGACGCUCUGGCGUACAUGCUGACUGCUGCCAACGUCCGCGCCGGCGCCUCGUAUGCAAUUGUAGACGGCACAAACGGCCUGCUCACCGGUGCCGUUCUGGAGCGGUGCGGCGGCCACGGCAAGGUCGUCAACUACGGUCGCUGUGCCUCGCCGCAGCUCCACAGCCUCUCCAUCAUGCACUGGGCGCAAGGCGGAGACUCGCCCAUCCUCGCCCCGCUCGUCACCACGCAGCUGGAGGCUCUGGUCAACCCGGAGCUGGCGGCCGAGCUUGCGCCGCUGCCGCUGGCCGAGGGCACAGCCCACGGCCUACUGAUGGUGCCACAGGACGAUCCUCUUCCGGUCCUUCAGGCCAUCUACCCGAUCCUCGGCCUCGGCGAGCCGUUUGCCAUCUUCUUCUCCUACGCUGAGCCGCUGGUCGCCUGCUUCCAAUGGCUGGUCGAGACCGACUCGGCUAUCGCCCUCCGCCUCUCGCACACAUUCCUCCGCCCGCAGCAGGUUCUCCCCGACCGGACCCACCCGGAGGUCUCGUUCCACAACACCUCGGGCUUUGUCCUUGCCGGCCACAAGUCAAUGCCGCUCGCGGACGACCCGUCGGCGCCCACCGCCGAGGAGAUCGCCGCUGCUAAGGCCCGCAAGGCCUCCAUGCGCCGCACCGCCCGCAAACGCCAACGCAGUGGCGUCCGCGCUGCUGCCGCAGCAGCGGCGGCUUCUCCUGCCGCGCCCAGCGAUGACGACGGCGCCGCGCCGGCCAAGAGGGCCAAGCCGCUGAGCGCCGAGUAAAUCUCAAAAUUGCAA